AUGUGGUUGAAGGUGAUUCCAUUGGCCAUAUGGUUGGUGAUUGUGAAGUGUCAGAGUGAUCGCCCGAUUAUUACAACAUCCGGAGGACAAGUUCAAGGAACGACUGAAUCGUGUGGAUUAUUUUGCACAUACUAUUCCUUCAAAGGGAUUCCUUAUGCGGAGCCACCAACAGGCGCGAGACGUUUCACCAAUCCAGUUCCUCACUCGGGUUGGUCAGGUGUUCGAGAUGGCAGUGCUCAUGGCAGCACUUGUCCCUCACCGGACAUGAAUCCGACGGAGAAUGAGGAUUGUCUCUUUCUGAACGUCUACAGUCCUUCGCUGAUCGGAACGCGACCCGUCAUGGUGUUCAUACAUGGUGGUGGAUUUAUGGGCGGUUCUGGAGAUGAUGGGUGGUAUGAUAGCAAGUACUUCAUGCCAGAAAAUGUGGUGAUCGUGACAGUGAACUAUCGCCUAGGAGUACUCGGGUUCUUCAGUACCGGUGAUGGUAGCGCGUCCGGAAAUUGGGGAAUUAAGGAUUGUGUUGAGGCAUUGCGCUGGGUACAAAGGAAUAUUGUUGCGUUUGGAGGAGAUCCAAACAAUGUGACGAUCUUCGGUCAAUCUGCAGGAGGGGUUUUGGUACAUUUCCUCACACUGUCACCUCUCACGACUGGACUUAUCCAUCGAGCGAUCACACAAAGUGGAUCAGCACUCCACUCGUGGGGAUUUCAACCGAAUCCGAGAAGAUUUGCUGAUCGUUUGGCAACGGCCUUCGGUUUGUCCACAACAGAUACGGCGACUAUGGUUGCCGGACUGAAGCAAGUACCGUAUCGUGAUCUGGUAAAUACAGGCAUGUUUGAACCAGAAGUUCCUAUGGUGCUGCAUCCGUAUGAUUUUGCUCCGGUUGCGGAACCAGCAGACGCUCCAGAACCUAUUGCUAUUGGCCGACGACCGAUCGACGUUAUUGAGGACGGAUCAUAUAACUCUAUUCCAUUGAUGGUUGGUUUCACCGAUCUUGACUCACUGUUUGUGGCUGUGGCUGAAUUGAUCGUGAAUCCAGGCGUAUUUGAAACAUUCAAUAACAACCCUCAUUUCUUGGUACCGUUUUUCUGGAACAUUGCGCAAGGAAGUUCAGAAUCCGCAGCCGUCAGCCAGGCAUUCCAGCAAUACUACUGGCAAGGACAGCAGCUUAGCAUGGCACUUCUGGGUGAAUUUUCGCUAUUUGUUACAGAUUAUCAGUUUGCAUACCCGCAACUAGAAAUGGCAAAGCGGCAUGCUGUCCGAUCACCGGUGUACGUCUACCAAUUUAGCUACGAAGGUGAUCUAAACCUUGCCAAGCAGGCAAUGGGCGUUCCUAUCCCAGGAGCAGUCCAUGGAGAUGAUUUGUGUUACCUGUUCGACCCGAAAGACCUAAGAACUGGAGAAAUUCCACAAACCAGCCACGCCAUCACGGUUCGCAAUCGAAUGCUGCGUUUGUGGACGAACUUUGCUACGUAUGGGAACCCAACCCCAACCGUCGAUCCGAUACUACAAAAUACGCUAUGGACACCAACAAGUGGAGGAACGAUAAACGCCGCCUUGAAUAUCGGACAAAAUCUGGUGCCGGGGACAAACCCUAUCUCGACACGGUAUAAUCAGUGGCAGGAACUGGCAACGCGUUAUGCGAAUAACAUUUUUAGGGUUUGA